UUUUCUUUACAAUUUCAGAAAAAUGACAAUUAAGUAAACAUUUUAUAGUGUUGUUGUUAAUUAUACCAGGUAACUUUUUUUUUAGAAUUGAAGGAAAUAUACGGAAUAUAUAAUAACAUAAAAUAUUUCCCAAACAAGUAGCAUAACAAUAUUGUCGUACAGGAACGCGAUUUUCAAGUUUCAAUUUUCAGUGUUUGUUUUAUUUUCGUGUGUUUAAUUUUGGCACUUUCGUUAGAGGCACCAAAUAACCCAAAAUAAAACUACAACCAAAAUAACCCAAUUUACGGUACACCAACCAAUCACAAAUAGCCAGCUAUUUUUAACUCUAUAAGUACUUUAAGGUCAUUGCAACAUUCUGUAGGGACUGACUGCUUGAGACUUAUUUCUUAUUCAGUGUAAAGGGUGGUAAGUUACUAGCUGCAUUUCGUAACAUGAUAAACGACCCUUUACCUGAGAUAAAUACGAAUUAUCAUGUUCACACCUCAUUUUUUGAAAUCAAGAUUGGUUCCUCAUAUAGUCAACAAAUGUUGUAUUUCAAGACGAAAUAACAUUCUCACAAAAAAUGCCACAAUCAAAGUUCGAAGAGCUACCUCAGAUGAUUAUGACAACGUUAUUGAAAUAAGAGACCCCAAAGAACUUCAUGGAGGUUAUGACCCAUUACCAGAUACCUACAAAAUGCUUGUAGAAAGUCCAAAGACCAUAGCAUACGUUGCAACUGUAAAUGAAAAACCGGUCGGAUUGCACUUUGCAUCGUUGAUUGAUGACGAAGAAACUAUUGGACUGUUCGGAUUAAGAGUUUCAGCAAAAUAUCAUGAUUUUUGUAUACCCCAAAAAAUGUUCUAUCACCAUAGAACUGUCAAUUAUGAAACUGCAAUGCAAUUCAUUGGUUGCACAGAUGGGUCAUCCAGCCGGAAGUUUUCUACUGGAUUUUUUCUCAAAAGUGCUGACAAAGUUAUGUCAAAGAAAAUGGUGCAAUACCUUACAAGCAGAAAACAGAUUGCAAACAAAUUAAUGCUCAACGAAAAUAAUCCAACUUCAGCGCAGGUUAUUACCAUUAACCAUCUUAAAGAAUUAUUUUCUUCGCAUAUACUAUGCAAGUAUCUUUUCCCAGAAGGCCGAUUGUUGAAAUAUUGGAUGGCUUACCGAAUACUUCCUUCAAAUAUCCCUUUAAUUAUGAAUAAAAGAACAACGACUGUUGCCUCGUGUUUUCAACAACCCAACAACGCACUCAUUACCAUAGGAACAUAUGCUUAUACUUUCAACGGAUUGUUCUACCACCUUGAUGUUUAUGGAAAUACAGAGGCGAAUUUUAAAGAACAUCUUUACCUCCAUCUAAAAGAAAUUGUAUGUCUUGCAGCAGAUAACAUUUGCUUGGAAAUAGUACUACCAGACGAAACAACAAGCAAACGAAUUGACAAAGCAUUUCUGCAGUUUGGAUUUGAAAGAAACAACAACAGUAACCAUUUUAGAGUGGAUGCAUGGGAGAGAAGUACCAAACCAAUUCUUGAGUCUGAGAACAUCAAAAUAGCACAAAACUUUUAACUUGUUUAAAAUUUCUUUUAAUAAAUAUUCAUUAAAAUUAAGAUAUUAAGGGUUUAUAUCGGGUUGAUGAACAUGUUUUUCUGUUAUUCGUAAAGACGAUGGAUUACAAAAAUGAAACAACACAUUACAAAUUUCAUGCGUCCGAAACACUUUUCUUGAUUUGCAGUCUUUGUGAACGAUCAAAGUCGAGUAUUUAAAAGCCGAAAAUCUAUAAGAAUCGAAACCCUUGGAGAGCUGUAUAACGACAAAGGAUAACGAAAUUAGCCAAAUCAAUAUUAGGUUAACUUUACCUGAGGGAGUCAAAACAUAAGCUUCUGAGAGUU